GCAUUCAAAAAAAAAACGCGCGAAAAAUAAAGGGACGCCUGCACGAAAAAUUGUCAUCUGAUAAGUUAAACUAGCAAACGCAAUAAAUACAGUAUAAGGGACAUGACACACCUACGUACCAAGCAUGCCAACCGCAAUCACUUGCCGGCAUUAAUGAGCAAAGUGCCGGAGGAACACCAUGAGCCAAUAAAAAAUAUGUGUCUCAAAAUGAUGUCCCAUGAUGCCUAUGGACAGCCCUACGAAUGGAGCUCUCGCGACUUCGAAAUGGGUGCACACUUGGGGAGAGGAAAAUUUGGACGCGUCUAUUUGGCCCGAGAGCGCUACUCGCACUAUUUGGUGGCGAUGAAAGUGAUGUUCAAGGAGGAGCUACGCAAGGGAAAUGUGCAGCGGCAGGUGUUGCGUGAAAUAGAGAUCCAGUCGCGACUCAAGCAUCCCCAUAUCUUGAGACUUUUGACAUGGUUUCACGACGAGAGCCGCAUCUACCUGGCACUGGAGAUCGCAUCGGAGGGAGAACUGUUCAAGCAUCUGCGUUCAGCCCCCAAUCAUCGCUUCGAUGAACCGCGCUCUGCCAAAUACACCUACCAGGUGGCCAAUGCACUGAACUAUUGCCACCUUAACAACGUCAUUCACAGAGACUUGAAGCCAGAGAACAUUUUAUUGACAGGCACAGAUGAUCUCAAGUUGGCGGACUUUGGCUGGUCAGCACACACGCCCAACAAUAAGCGCAGGACCCUUUGCGGAACCCUGGAUUACCUUCCGCCUGAAAUGGUGGAUGGAACUAGCUACGAUGAUACCAUCGAUCAAUGGUGCUUGGGCAUUCUGUGCUACGAGUUCCUGGUGGGCUGCCCGCCCUUCGAGUCGAACAGCUCGGAGAGCACAUACGAAAAGAUCAGACGUCUCGAGAUCCACUACCCCUCGCACUUAUCCAAAGGCAGCAAGGAACUAAUCGCUGGACUACUACGAAAGGAUAGCAAGGGCCGGCUCACGUUGGUGGAUGUGAUGACCCAUCCUUGGGUGAAGGAGGGCAUGACCGAGAGGGAUGCACAGCUGCGCCGGAACGAGCGCGGCAAGGAGAACAAAGCUAAAAAUUGAAUUCAGCCACUUCUUUUUGUAUUACUAUUUUUAUUAAAGCACUUUAUAUACCCUGUAA